UUUCUCCAUAAAACAGACUUGUUUCAAAAGUGUACUGCUAUAAUAAUAAGUAGCUACAGUAGGUGGAGUCUGAAUGCCAUUUCGGCCGACAUUUUUGCAUUUGUUUCCUUAUCCUUUGUGUGUGAAGGAUGUGAAGAGACAAAAUGUCUGGGGCAUGCCUGAAACCUAAAAGAAAAAAUGAUUCACCCAUGGAGUACAAGAUGAACCACAAGAACCGAGGCAAGGCAAUUAUCUUCAACCAGGAAAACUUUAAAGGAGAUUCUAAUAAACGUCUUGGCACAAAUAAAGAUAGAGACAACCUCAGAGAAAGUUUUCAGGCCUUAGGAUUUGAAGUAAACGAUUACAAUGACAAAUCUAAGAAGGAGGUGCUACACGAAUUACAUAAAGCUGCAAACACGGACCACACAGAUGACGACUGCUUUGUCUGCAUUUUUCUGACUCAUGGGGAUGAAGGGCAAAUUUCUGCCUACGAUGAUAUGAUCAGCAUUAAGGAAAUCUCAGAUUUCUUCAGAGGAGAUCAGUGCAAGAGUCUUAUAGGGAAGCCCAAGAUCUUCAUCUUUCAGGCAUGUGCUGGUAAGAAGUAUGAAGAUCCUGUGACCGGCAUGGUAGGAGGGGAUAAUGAUGAUAAGGACGAGGUGGAGGAAGCAGCUAACAUCUACACCAUUCCAGCAGGGGCAGAUUUCCUCAUGUGUUACUCUUCAGCAGUGGGAUUCUAUUCCAUUCGCAAUCCCCAACUGGGAUCAUACUAUAUUCAGGACUUAUGUGAAACACUGCAACAGCAUGGAUCAACUCUGGAGUUCACCGAGCUCCUGACGCUGGUCAACCUGAAGGUUUCUCAACGUGACAUGUACCCAGAAGAUGGAGAGAAAAAAAAACAGAUGCCCUGUUUCACAUCUAUGCUGACUAAAAAACUCUAUUUUACCAAGAAAUAGUAACUAACCAAUUCCCAGUAGUACAUUACUACUACUACUUACUUGCUAAUAAACAA